CUUACUGUAUCCUUUUAGCUGCCGUUGAUAUCACAGUUACCAUAGAUACAGCUCAGUUACUAAACAUUAUUAAUAUCACUGUAUCUGUCUUUGCUUGGUUUACAGUGGGUGUUGGUGGGACAAAGUCUAAGCAAGAAGGCUAAAGGUAGAAAUGCAAUAUAGAUAGGAAAGGUGUGGCAGGAAAAGAAUAUUGCCUUUCAGAGUGAUAUAUAAGACCCCAGGACUUCUCCGUCCCUUACUCUCAGCUGCCAAACCACUCUGUGCCACUUCUUCAUCUAACUGAUCAGCACACUUAGCGAUGAUUAAACGCCAAAGCUAUCAAUCUUUCAGUGGCCAUUCAAGAGACACUGCAGGAUCCCCAAAGAAGAACUAUGCCUACAGUGUCAGCGGUGGGGCAGGGGGCCACGGGACCAAGGUCUCCCCGUUCCACCAUCCCUCACAUGUUGGCCCCAGCUUCGACAAACAUAUGUUUUCAGAGUUCAGUUCAGUUCAUCUUCCAGAGUUCACUUCUGGAACCCCUGGAAACCUGGCCAUCGGGAAUGAGAAGAUAACCAUGCAGCAUCUGAAUGACCGCCUGGCCAGCUACCUGGAGACUGUGAGGAAUCUGGAGAAGGCCAACAGCGUGCUGGAGAUCAAGAUCCGAGAGGCCGUCGAGAAGAGCGGCCCGUUGGAGGAGAAAGACUAUGGCAGGUACAACACCAUCAUCGCGGAGCUGAGAGCCAAGAUAUUUGACAUGAUCAAGGGCAACGCACAUCUUGCUAUCCAACUGGACAACGCAAGCCUGGCUUCAGACGACUUCAGAGCCAAGAUGGAGUAUGAGAUGUCCAUGCGUCAGGCAGUGGAUGCUGAUAUUGCUAGACUGAGGAAGGCUCUGGAUGACACCAACGUUAUUCGUCUGCACCUGGAGACUGACAUCGAGUCUCUGAGGGAAGAGUUGAUCAACCUGACAAAGAACCAUGAGACGGAUGUUGCUGAAUUGCGUGCCCAGAUCACCUAUGGCGUCCAUGUGGAUGUUGACGCCCCUAAAGGACAGGACCUGGCCAGGAUCAUGGAUGAGAUGAGGGCUAAGUAUGAGAAGAUAGCACUGAAGAACCAGGAGGAUCUCAAAGCAUGGCAUGAAUCUCAGAUCACAGAGGUGCAGGGGAAAGUGGCUGAGAAGACAACAGCCCUGAAGGAGGCCACAACUGUAAUAACUGAAAUUAGGAGGCGGCAUCAGGGACUGGACAUUGAACUGCAGUCAGAGCUUAGUCUCAAAGCGGCCCUGGAGGCCAACCUCCAUGACAUCGACAGGCGUUACAACAUGGAGGUGGAGAAGUACAACGCGAUCAUCCUGAGGCUGCAAGAGGAGCUCACUCGGCUCCGCACUGACAUCCAGCACAACACACAAGAGUACGAGCACCUGCUCAACAUCAAGGUGAAACUGGAGGCCGAGAUCGCUGAGUACAGGAGGCUGCUGGACGGCGGUGCAGACUUUAAACUUGAGGAUGCAGUUGAUAAUAAGAAGGUUCACACCGAAGUGGUGACAGUCACUCGGACUCUGGUGGAUGGCAAAGUGGUGGCAGAGAGCAAGGACGUCAAAUCCAGUGACAUGUAACUGGUUGAUUAAAAACUGAAUUAAAACCUAUGUAACAAAAA